GCUGUGAGCUGCCAUGUGGGUGCUGGGAAUUGAGACCCAGGUGUCUUCACCUUCUUAUGGGACACGGGCACAGAGCACUGCAGGCCUGGGCUAAUCCUCAUGCUGCUCGUGUCCCUACCUAUCACAUGUCCUGAUCUCCAGCUCGGAGACUACCACUGUGCUGAAGGAGCCAGGUCUUCUCCUGUGCUCGGGUCCCGUGCGUGGCUGACUCCUCUACAGUGAUGGCCAGUGCCAGGUACUGCUGUGGGACGACUGGUUAGUGGAGUGUGCAGAACUGCUGAUGGACUGGUGUUUGAAUCCUGGCAAGGCUGACAGGGGAAGACUUUUCUGGUAGCUGGAAGGGAUAAAGUUCCCGGGUUUUUCCAAAAGGGAGACGUGGCAUAAAGACGCGGUCUCUGGCGGCACCUGCCACCCAUUUGAAGGCAGGCUUUCUGCUGAAGCAUUUCUGUUCUGAGUGGCUUGUCUGAGGAACGAAGUCACAUCCCAGCAGCCAUCUGUGCAGCCAUCUCCGUGGCUGCUGCACGCGUGUGUGUGCCCACCACAAACCUUGGGUAGGGCGAAGCUUCUGAUGUUCCCACCCAAAGCGAUUUGCUGCAAACACGCCGAGGAGAAGCUAGAAGUGAGCCUUCCUAAGAUUUAGCUCGAAGCUCGGAAAGACCUUGUAGCAGCGGCACAGCAGUGGGGAGUGUGGCCAUCUCCAGACCUUUCCUCUCUGUGGAUGUGUCAUGGUAGAUGAUCCUCCUAGAGUUUCCCCUGGAACCCUGAUGGAGGCUACCCUGUCUGCCCAGCCUUAUGAGCCCCUUUGGGGCUGAGUACUCCCAAGAAUAGGUUUGCUCUUUGAAAGCCGGUUCAUUCACACAACUGCCUGUUCAAGACACCGGCUGGUCCUACUCUGGUUGCCUCCCUCUUAGUGGCUGGAGGGACUGUCUCUCCCCUCCUGGUCAGCCAUGACCUUCCUAAAUGUUGGGAGCUUUGGAGCGGCGUACUCUACGGGAAGCUGAGGGUGGGAGAUGGAGGCAGAGGGGCGGUGGGCUUCCAGGUAGGUCUGCAGGGAACUGGUACUGCAUGUCUGCUCCCAGCCUCUUCCUUCACCCUGUUCUUCAGUCUUCAUCCCAGAGUCCUCCCUAAAGCAUAACAGUAUAAAGGCCAGCCCAGCAGUUCCUGUCGCUGGGUGGAGAGGGAGUGGUCUAGAGAUUUCUGCCCAUGGCAGAUGGGGCAGCUGGAUUUCGGCAGGAAGAGCCUGAUGCUUUCCGUCCCUCUCUAGUUUGAGGGCUGCCUAAUGCCAAAAACAUGAUAGUGGUUGUACUUUUUAGUAUCAUUCAUUGAGAGACUGCAUAAUGACAAAAACAGCUGUGCACCCAGGAACAGCAGGGAUCUUAAAUGAACAUUUAUUAAUCUCAGCAGCAUCUCCAUUCAUUAGCAUCUGAGUGUGCAUGUGUGCAGCACAUGAUCUGCGGGCUCUGUAAACCGUGCUUGGAAUGCACAUGGGUUCUUGGCCCAUUUGUGUGCAGUCCCUGGGGGCUUGUGGCCACAGGUGGACCAGUUCUUGCUUGGCUAACACGGGGAGAGCAUGGUGUUCCACCCCCCAGUCUCAAUGCAGACCUGAUUCUCAGGCUUCCGUUUCUUUCUGUUGUCUCAUCUAAUGAUGUAAAACACAUGCAGACAGUUCUGGUCUGGGGAAACUGGGGCUGGAGGCAGAGUGGAGCCCCAAGUAUGAGGCCCAGCCCAGGGAAGCUGGGAGAGCUCGGCCUGUGAGAGGGACUGCGCCUCUGUGACACAGAGCCAGAGCCACCGUGGAGUCACCUGGUUAUUUCACAUCUUUUUAGUACAAGGGGUGUGUGGCUUUUGGGCGACACGGGGGGGAAAGGAACUAUUCCUGGACUGUCCCAUGGUUUGCACUGGGAGGAAGGUGAGCAGAAGACUGCCUCAGUGGGGCAGUGCACUGCACCUUCCAAGAGGAGUUCUUGUAAGAGCCCUGCGUUGCUGUCACCAUGACAGGAGGAAGUCUCUGUAUGGUGCUACAGACAGGUCUCUAAAAUCGAAUGGAAUUUCUUCUUGUCCUCAGUUGAGGCUUGGACUUCAGCUUCCAGGAGCUUUACCUGGGUGCUGCAGCUCUGUGGCUGUUGGUCACAGCUCCUAGGUGUCCUUGCCUGUUACCUUGAUCUCACGGGAUGCAGGUGACUGCAGGUGAUGCUGGAGGGGUCAGAGGAGCAGGGUGGUGGAGGAGGGGACAUCAUGACACAGCUAGGCUCCUUCAUGACUCCUGGGCUCAGUCAUAGAGACAAGUGACCUGGUCCUCAUCAGAAGGGUGGCAGGGGUAGGUGGCUCAGGCUGCUUGACCCAGCAGCCCUGCACUGUUGCCUGUCUGUUCUGGGACUUGGGCAGAUCUAUCCCUCCUCUACACCCCCGCCCCCAUGGUUUAGCACUGUGGAAAAAGUGGGGGGCAGUGCUUCCCAGCUGUGGAAACCCAGGCAAGGGCAUCCCUUCCAGUGCCAUCCAGAGUUGUUGAGCUGAAGAUCAGAUGAGAGCCAGCACCAAGGUAUUCAGCCCCUCUCUAUGCAGGCAGUGGGUGGCUCACUGGCGUCUGGAGUGGCCAGGCCCAGGGCCAUGUGCUCCUUAACCUCACUGACUGGUCUUGGUCUCCUGGCCUCAUACAGCAGGCCAUGGCUCAGUGCACAGCAGUGUUCCCUGAGGGCCAGUGAGGCCUAUGGUCCUUGCUGUUAUAGGACGCUAGAGUGAAGCUUCCCGACCUGUGGGUCACACACCAGGUAUUUACAUUACACUUCACAACAAGCAAAAGUCCAGCUAUGAAGUAACAACAAACCAGUGUUAUGGCUGGGGGUCACAGCAACAUGAGGAACUGCAUGACAGGGUCACAGUGACAGCAACGUGAGACCCUCCGCUCUAAACCUCUAAAAUGCUUUUGCAUUAAUUAUAAGUCAGUCAGCAGAAAGCAUCACUGUAGAGAAUUUCUAGAGAUUUAUAAAGCAGUGGAGUUCCAGGGGUGGUGGCAAGGCAGUACAAAGUCAGGGCUGUGAGCCCGAGAAGCUGGCCAUUGUCCCGAAAGGCGGGUGCAUCCCGAGGAAUGAGCCCGUAGGUGACUUCACUGUGGCACCUCCUCAGGACACUGGGCUUGCAAGGCAAGUAAGCUUUUACCCUCUGAGUCAUCUUGCUGGCUCUAAAAUUUUAAUUUUUACAAUUUUUGAGUUUUAUAACAAUUAACAUAAAAUUAUUAUACAGCUGGACCAAAAAAAUGUUUUCUUCGUACCUUUAUAAGCUUAAAAACUUUUAUGACUUUUUUGUUAAAACUAAGGCACAAACACAUUAGUAGAGGCUAGCCCAGCAUCUGGCUCCCCACAAGCACUGGUUUCUAGCCCUUUUAUCUGACAUGCUGAACUGGACUACACAGCGGCUCCAGGCUUCUUUUCUUGUAGAUAGAACUAUUGAAGGCUGCCCAUGGUGCCUUUAUUGUCCCCACAGACCUAUGAACUCCCAAGGUGACAGUGCCUUCUGGAGCCUUCCCUCAAGUCCCUAUCUGAGGCUGUUUUGCAGCAUAUGUAUUGGCAUACUUCAGAAUAGUCAGGAGUAUGGGCAAAUCAUAAGCCAGGUGCCAUGACACUCUGAGGGCCAUUCAAGAUAGCUUUCUUCAGCUGGCUUUGGUGCACGCCUUUAAUCCCAACACUGGGAAGGCAGAGGCAGGCUGAUCUCUGAGUUCAAGGCUAUCCCCAUAGAGUGGUUUCUUCUGAAGGAGGCUUUCUUAUUGACACCCCCCUGUCUCAGCACCAUCUUCCCAUUGAGUGCCUGUUAUCUUAUCCACCCUCCAGUGGCAUUGAGUUGUGGCUCAGGUGACCUCAUCUUAUUGGCUCUGGUGACCUCAUCUUAUUAGCUCUGGUCACAUAACAUCUAUCUGUGAUAGAGAUUAAAGGCAAUUCACAGGAGAAAGUCAAAUGCCUUGUUGAGAGAUGUAUAGAAACAGUUCUCUACCCCAUGGAGAAAGGGAAGGUUUUAGAGACAGUGAGCUGUGUGCUGGCGUCCUUGACCGGUCCUUGACUGAACGAGCAUGGUAACUUCAGACUGUGCCAGGCCCCUCUGAAGCUCUUCCCAUUGUGGAGUCCAUCAUGGUAAGGUCUGAGCUCUCAGCAAGGAUGGAAAGGCCACUGUCGUGAAGAGCAUGGGCCAUCUUCCCCCUGGGUUCUGCUGCAGCUGGAGGCUUCCCAGCCGGGACAGGCCUCAGCUUCCUGUGAGAGAACAUGAGGUGUGUGUCGGUUGGUUAGUUCCUUGGAGUUGAGUUUUAAAAUUGCACUGAGCAGAAGGUGAGAGAGCAGCAUCUUUGUGGGCAGGGGACAGAUGUGUCAGGCAACUUCAUGGUGCCCGUGCUUGGCUUUGAGGUAGAGGUAGUGGCAUGGCUUUCUUCCUGAUUGUCAAGGGAUGGGAAGCUAGGGUUGGGGGCACAGAGGAUAUGGUGUGCACCACCAUGUUUCCACUAAUGACACAAUUCCUGGGCAAAGCAGGUGGCCUCUAGGUUGGUCAUGGUUUUGGGAAGGUCUAAAGGCUUAGCUUCUGUCCCCACAACUAUUAGCGCUUGUCUGUGGGAAGGCUUGGGACUGUCAUCCAGGUUCCCAGGGCACAGUGCAGUGAUGACAGCACAGAUUAGCAUCAGGAAGGCUCACUCUAUCACCUCCAGGAUAUCCUGUGUGUUGUGGGAAGCUGAGGCUGGGUGGGUCCUUCCUAACUCUUCUGCCCUGCCAGUGUACCAUGAUUCCUGAGGCUGAGCAAGAUGAUGCAUGAGGCUAGCCUUCCAGUCUGUACCUGGGUAAAGGCCAGACACUUGUUUUACCACCAUGUUUUCUUUGGAAUUGUACUUCCUGGGAUCUAGUCUGUUUUUCCCAAAUUCUAUUGACAUUUUGUCUUCAGAGCUCAGAGAGUGGUUGGGAGCACAUGGUGACUGUCCCCAGAAAACCCUGCAUUGGAUGAGUGUGGUGGUCUCUCUCUCCCUAUCCACCUUUUGUUUCUUUCUAGAAGUGCCAACCUAUAGGCAAGGUUGCAUGUCCUAGGCAGCCCUGGAAGUCCUCUAGGCUCCAGCAGGGCUAGCAUUGGGUUUUUCCACCAACUUGGUCUUUAAGGAGCUGCAGGAUGUGUGUGGUUUGGGUUAGCGUCCUGACAGCACAGGACGCACUGGGCUGUGAUUCAUUCAAGGGGGAGGGACAUGGAAAACAAUGUCUGUCUUUAAGCUCCAGGAACCAGGAAAAUGAGCUGGAAAUAAAGUGAUGUGUAAUUUUACUAAAAUUAACUAGCACAUUCCCAGGCUUGCUCUGUGUUUCGUGGUAUUUUGUGUGAUGUACCAUGCCCAGUGCCUGUUGACUGAUUUCCUAGGCAUGGUCCUGGAGGCCCCUCUUGGUACCACCCAAUUCUGGUCUCUCUGUGCAUCUCAUCACUGAGGUUGGUGCUUGCCCAUGUGAAAAUGCUGUGGGGAUGGAAGGUGGGAGGUGAUAAGGACUGGUGACCUGAAGGUUAAAGGGACAAGUGAUAUUAGCCUGCCUGAGUCUUCUUGCCGUCUAUAGGGUCUUCCUCAGAUCUCCCCACCCCCAGCCCUCCUUGUGUUGGGUUUUUCUGCACCCAUUUCCUGCCACAGGGUCUUCUGGGAACCACGAUGCUCCUUGGGAGUAUAGAGUCGUGUGAAGGCUAUGGAUGCACUGUGGUCCACGGGCCAGCCCUGGUUCCCCAUGAGUCUGCCCACCCCUAGUUUUGUACUCUGAGAUCUUCCUUUCCCUGUGCAGAUGGUCUGCAGCUCAGGGCAGGCAGGAUUCCAUCUCCCCAGUGGUUUCAGUGCUAGUGUAGGACAGGCAGAGGUGACCAGCAGUGGUGUGGUGGCUUGUGCCCUGAGGGUUGCACUGGAAUUCAGGGAGGACAAUAAGGCUGCAGCUUCCCUGAGGACCAGCAGGUGGUUAUGAAUGCUUUGUGGCCAGAGCCAGCAGUGAGCAUGGACAGGCAGUCGGGAACAGUAGAUGGAAAGGUGUUGGCUGCUGACAUGUGCUCUCUGUAAGGUCAGAUUUGCUCUGAGAUGAAUACAGGGAAGCCACAGAAUGAUGGGGCUGAGUGGGUGUGACAGUGUAGUUUUACAACAGUGAGAAAAAGGGAUACUGGGUACCCAGGAAGUGCUGUGUUACUGCUUACAAUUGAAAGUAAAGUGGUCACUAAUAAAAGGUGUGGCUGUCACAUGUGUGGUAUGACCUUUGGUGGUGUUGCAUUUGGCUGGCCCAGCAGGCAGGCAUGGCUGCCUUUUGCCCCAUAGGCACAUGACCUGCUUCCCUGAUGGCAAAGAAAAGGCCCAGCAGGGGCUUAGAGAAUAACCUAGAAUUUCCAGAAGUCUUGGGAACCAUCUUCCACUUUCCUUUCAAUUUUAAAGUUGAACAGCUCUGCUCUGGCAGUUAAAGAGGGACAGACCCAAAGGGGUUCUAGAAUCCCCAAGGGGUUCUAGAAUAAGUGGCUGGAGGGAGGACAGAGCUGAGCUUGGAACACCUUGUGUUAGCUGGGCCUUGCAGGCUUUCAUGCCAUAGCUGUAUUGACACUCUCCACAGGCGCCCGCGUAGAGGCGGCUGCACUGAGCAGCUGGCCUGUGGUCCAUGGGGCAUCUGCCACAUUCAGUGCCGGCACGCACAGCUCCAGGGAGCUACUGCCCUCUCUGCGUGUCUGAUGCUGUGGCUUCUGGGUACAAGUGCUGCCCACUGGCUGCCAUCUUACACACCGAGAAGCAGAGCCAUCACAAUGGUCACCAGUGUCCUCUCUGGACAGAGGAAUAAGACUGUCAACGGAGACUGCCGCAGAGAUCCCCGGGAACGGAGCCGCAGUCCCAUUGAACGGGCUGCAGCCCCCGCCGUGAGCUUGCAUGGCGGCCACCUGUACGCAUCCCUCCCCAGCCUCAUGGAGCAGCCUCUUGCCCUGACUAAGAACAGCAGUGACACAGGCAGGUCAGCUGUGGAGCGGCAGCAGAACCGGCCCUCCGUGAUUACCUGUGCAUCCGCGGGCGCCCGCAACUGCAACCUCUCUCACUGUCCCAUCGCACACAGUGGCUGUUCUGCGCCUGGGUCUGCCAGCUACCGGAGACCACCCAGUGCGACUGCCACCUGUGAUCCUGUGGUGGAAGAGCACUUCCGUCGGAGCCUGGGCAAGAACUACAAGGAGCCAGAGCCGGCGCCUAACUCGGUGUCCAUCACUGGCUCAGUGGAUGACCACUUUGCCAAAGCACUAGGUGACACAUGGCUUCAGAUCAAAGCAGCCAAGGACAGCGCAUCCAGCAGCCCAGAGUCAGCCUCACGCAGGGGCCAGCCAGCCAGCCCCACUGCCCACAUGGUCAGCCAUAGUCACUCCCCCUCUGUGGUCUCCUGAAGGGGGAGCCACCCCUCGACCACACAGGAAUCUGCAUGGUUUGCCUGAGCUUUGAACAGUCAGUGCUUAAAAAAA